AGCGGUGGGUCCUUCGUCUUCAGCCAUAUCGUUUUAAAGUGGUCCACAUGCCAGGGAAGACAAACCCUGCAGAUGUGCUGUCCCGAUUGCCAAUUAGAGGCCAGCCCACCCGUGAACGGAAUGUAGCUGAAGAAUACAUCAAUUUUAUUACAGAGAAAGCGGUUCCUAAAGCCAUGACACUGGAACAAAUAUCCAAAGCGACUCAAGAUGAUGUUAUCUUGCAACGGGUUCAGCAAUGCUUAUUGCACAACCAUUGGCCAGACAACCCUGACCUUCAGCGGUUUGCCAAAGUGCGAGAUGAGCUGUCAGCAAGCCAAGGCUUGCUGCUUCGAGGAACUCGUAUUGUCAUGCCUAAAUGCCUGCGCCACCAAACCCUUUCCUUGGCUCACGAAGGCCACCAAGGCAUUGUGCACAUUAAACAACUCCUCCGUCAGAAGGUGUGGUGGCCAGGAAUCGAUGCUGAAGCAGAGACCCUCGUCAAGACAUGCCUACCCUGUCAGUCCACCAUGCCGCCAACUGUACCCGAACCGCUUCGUCCUUCGACCAUGCCUUCCAAACCAUGGCAGUCCAUUCAUAUUGACCUCUGUGGCCCCUUCCCUUCGGGAGAAAGCCUGCUAGUGUGUGUUGAUGCCUGCUCACGGUGGCCAGAAGUGGAGAUUAUUCGAGCCACAUCAUCAGAAGUUAUCAUUCGCCGUCUACAGAAGAUUCUUGCAACACAUGGGCUCCCUGAGCAAGUCACCUCUGAUAACGGUUCCAAUUUAGUCUCUAGAGAGAUCGAGGACUUCUUCUCUUCCCAUGGUAUAUACCACCGCAAAGUCACCCCAUAUUGGCCCCAGGCUAAUGCCACCGUUGAAAGAUUCAAUCGUACAGUGGAGAAGGCUAUCCGCACUGCACAUGUCGAAGGGAGAGAUUGGAGAAAGGCGUUGGAUACCUUUCUUUUGAAUUAUAGAGCUACCCCUCAUGCAAUAACUGGAGUUUCUCCUGCCAAAAUCAUGUUUGGACGCGAGAUUCGGACAAAGGUGCCUGAGAUAAGUAAACCAGAGAAAUCAGAAACCCUGGGUAGUGCCCUUGCUCGUGACAAGAGAAACAAAGAGAAAAUGCAGCAGUACAGUGAUAACAAGAAUCGAUCCACUCCUUCAACGGUCUCAGAAGGGGAUAUGGUGCUACUCAAACAGCCUAAGAGCAAUAAGUUGUCAACAUCCUUUGAUCCGAAUGGUUAUCGCGUGGUUAAACGGCAUGGAAGUAGUGUUCUUCUGCAGCGAGGAAACGAGCCAGCUAUCAUGCGUAAUGUCUCAUUGACUAGGAAAAUUGAAAAUGCCGGUGUCGAACAGUUUACGGAAAGCUCCGACGAAGAGGACGAGAUUGAAGGGCAACCAAUAACAGCCGAGCCUGCAGUCACUGUAAACACACGACCUGCAAGGAUGCGUAGACCUCCAGCUAGAAUGCAGGACUUUAUAACAUAAACAAUUGGACUUCAUAUUAUAUACAAGCGAACUGGGUUUGACAUUAGUUAUGACAUUUAAAAUUGUGUUUUGUUCCUUUAAUUAAUACAAAGGGAGAGAUAUAGUGUCCAGCGGUGGACACGUGACUUUGAGAUGGCGGGAAAAACUUGCAUGUGGACUUGGUGAAUAGAUUAUGCAUGGCAGACUUUGUAGUUACAAGUAUACGUUUAGAGAAAUAAAAGAAUAUAAUACUUGUCCACAUGACUUACAUCACCGGAUCACCCUAAAUGAGAAGGGACAGUCAAUUAUAUUUAUAAAAUAGUGACAGCUAGUAUCAUUAGAACACACUUUGAAGAAAUAGUGAGUCACAUACACCAGGCUCCAAUUACAGGGAAAUUUAACCCAUUGAGCACCAGUGCUCUCUUGUUGGCAAGUAAAAUUGUUGGUGUUAGACAAAGUAACACUAACAUAUAAAGUAGGGUGCAAUGCAAUUGAACCCAUUGGGUGGCAGCACUCUCCACUUGAUGAGUAAAAUCGUCUGGCAUUAGACAGAGUAAAAUAUUGUAGUAGGGCGCAUUGCCACUUAAAGGAUUAAAAAUGGGUUCAUUACGGGUCAAAUAAAUGAGUUCUGGCAUUUAUAAGCCCUGGCUUGCAACCAACUUUAAAGUAUACAGCAGUUAAUUGCACCCAAGCUUCUUAUUUUACUCUCAGACAGUCUAAUGCCUG